GUCACAGAGAGUUGAAUAUGACUUAGCAACUGAAUAACAACAGAAGUGUUGGAGGGGUGUGGCAGUCAAGGAUUCUUUCUGGGGAUAAUGAAGAUGUUCUAAAAUUAGACUGCAGUGGCAGUCACACAGCUUUGGAACCACACUAAAAACUACUGAAUUGUAUACCUUACAUAUGUGACUUGUGUGACAGGUGAAUCAUAUCUCAAUAAAGCCCCUAUGAAAAAUAGAAAGAAAGCAGGAAAGAGAUGAAGUUACAAAAGUCAGAAGUUUCUAAGACGACAGAGCCCAAGAACCCAGUUGUGGCUGAAAAACCAGCUGAUGGGCCAGCUCACAGGCCAGACUAUCUCCAAAACAGUAAGACGCUCACCCAUCCAGGUGCAGGGCGGUGUUCCUGGGUGUGACCACCACCCCCGCCAGCAGAUGGCUGACUCCAAGUGGCCUCCAGCCACUGGCCAGGUCGCUCUGGCCACCCUGGGACCUGCCAGUUGUGCACCAACUCAAUCCCUACUCCCACCGGUUCACAAGGGAAUUGGCACCAGCAGGAAUUAAGAAACAACACACAGGACAGGGAGGGGAACUACCGCAGGAACCAAGACUUGUCUGUGACACCAGGCUGCCCAGCCACUAGUUCCCAACCCCAUUAGACACCAUCAAACUCAACAAGGGGCCCAACUCAAGAUCAUCCCAAACAUGACCCACAUCAGGCACCUCAUUUCUAGAAUUUUAUGAUAAGCCACAAAAUGUAAGAGAGUCUGUAUCUUCCUACUCAAAUUCUCACAUUUGGAGCAGAAGAGAAGGGAGACUGCCACAGUGGUCGUCUAAUGGUGAGAGCUGAAAUAACUCAGCUACGACCCUUUUCUCUUCCUGGCCUUGUCUCACAGCUCACAGGAUCUCAGUUCCCCGAGUAAGGACUGGACCUGGGCCACAGUAGUGAAAGCGCCAAAUCCUAACCAUGAGACCACCAGAAAGGAAGAGGUUCUAUCAGAAUGUCAACAUCUCACAGGGUGAAGGUGGCUUCGAGAUCAACCUGGACCACAGGAAGCUGAGGACGCCCCAAGGCAAGCUCUUCACUGUCCCCAGCGAGGCCCUGGCCAUUGCCGUGGCCACCGAGUGGGACUCCCAGCAAGACACCAUCAAGAUGUACACCAUGCACCUGACCACACUGUGCAACACGUCUCUGGACAACCCCACCCAGCGGGACAAGGACCAGCUCAUCCGGGCGGCCGUGAAGUUCCUGGACACCGACACCGUCUGCUACAGGGUGGAAGAACCAGAGACGCUGGUGGAGCUGCAGAGGAAUGAGUGGGACCCAGUCAUCAGCUGGGCCGAGAGGAGAUACGGUGUGGAGAUCGGCUCUUCAUCCAGCAUCACGGGGCCCAGCAUCCCCGCCCGGACUCGGGAGGUGCUGGUCAGCCACCUGGCCUCUUACAACAUGUGGGCUCUGCAGGGGAUUGAGUUUGUGGUGACCCAGCUCAAGUCCCUGGUGCUGACCUUGGGCCUGACGGACCUGCACCUGACGGUGGAGCAGGCUGUACUGCUGUCGCGCCUGGAGGAGGAGUAUCAGAUCCAGAAGUGGGGCAACAUCGAGUGGGCCCAUGACUACGAGCUGCAGGAGCUGCGGGCGCGCACGGCCGCUGGCACCCUCUUCGUGCACCUCUGCUCCGAGAGCACAGCCGUCAAGCACAAGCUGCUGCAGGGGUGACACCGGCCCUCGGCCUGAGAUGGAGAUGCUGUGGCCAGUGGAGGCCAGUUUGGGCUGAACCAGGGCGCAGGUACCCGUGAUUGGUCAUACUGAACAUUUCUCCGCCUGGAAGUGAGAGGAGCUGCCACUCAUCUUGUUCCUACUGUCAUGUCUGGGUCCCAGAGGCCACCCCGCUGACCUGCAGGACACUCACUGCCCAGCAGGACUUCCUUGUCUGGGAGGUUUCGGUGGCCCUCAACCUUUUUUUCCCCUGGUUUUUAAUCAAACUUUUAAAGUGAAACUGUCUGCUUCUGUUUGCUCCUGUUGUUUUAGCAAAGUGAUUUACUUUUGAAAAUA